CUCAUCAUUCUUGGCUUUAAAUUAUCACAAUUAAAGUAGUACUUAUUAAGUUUUCAAGUAAGAAAAAAUGGGAUUUAAAGCAUUUAUAGUUCUAAGCUUUGCUUUGGCUAUUUUUGUGUUUAUAACCUUUGAGGUUGCAGCUGAGAGCUCAACCAAUUCUUUGGAAAUCUCAAAGAAAUCGGAGAAGAAAAAUGAGGUAAAUGAUGCCAAGUAUCCAGGAGGAUAUGGAGGAUACCCUGGAGGAGGAUACGGAGGAUACCCUAGAGGAGGUUAUGGAGGGUACCCCGGAGGCGGGUACAGAGGGUACCCUGGAGGUGGGUAUGGAGGGUACCCUGGUGGUGGACGUGGAGGUUAUGGUGGCGAAUAUUGCCGUUAUGGUUGCUGCGGCCGCCGUGAUUACUAUGGCUGCAGGAGGUGCUGCUAUGACAAACGUGAAGCCUUGGUCACUGAAGCUAAGCCUCACAACUAAUUAUUAUGGAAUAUGAAGAUUCAACUAAUUAUAAAAGUUUUGGUGUUGGAAGUAUGAAUAAAUAUAUAUGUAUCUUUUCAUUUGAAUGUAUUGUUCAUCUAUCUAUUUGAGUGUAAUUGUUGAGACAUAAUUAUAAUUAAGUUAUUAUGUGUA